ACUGAAGUAUUUUCAUUUUUCACUACAAAGUCAAAUAUCUUACUUUUUACUCAUCUACAUUUUAAGGAAUCAAUGAGUGUUCAGCUUUAGUUCAACAGUAAGCAAAACAUUGAAAGUAAUUAAUGAUGGAAGAAACUCAGGAUUUUAACUUGCCACUGAUAUAAGGUUUCGGGCUCAAAAUAAUUUUCAACUGAGUUGAUUAAGCAAGAGUCUUGUGACAAAAACGAUAAUAGGAUAUUAUUAAAUCAUAGUACUUUGUAAACUUAAGUACAUUUUAAAAGCAAAUACUUUUGUACUUUUACUAACGUAUAAGUUCAUAUGCUGGAGUAAUAUUUUUACUAAAUGUAACUUUACUUUUACUUAAGUACAUGGUUUGUGUACCAAUGUUACACUCACACAAGAGGUUUUUCUUUUCUUUUUUUUUGAGGGGCAUUGGAAUCGGCAGGCAAAAGGACCAUGCGUACAAACCCGUCCCCUUCUCCAUCGAUGCUCUGUUUGUCUGGAGUUUAGUCCUGUAAGAGAGUGCAGAGGAAGAUGAAGCUCCAGCUCCUCACUGUGUUCACUGUUGCGCUCUUUACCCUGACUGAAUGGCCGAACCUGAGUGAAGGAGCUGCACGUAACUGCACAGUUAAGCCAGGGAUCUGUCCUCGCCGGAAGUGGGGUUCAGGAAUGUGUGCUGAAUACUGCAGAAAAGACAGAGACUGUCCCAAUGAGGAGAAAUGCUGCUACAAUGGAUGUGGUCAUGAAUGUAUCACCCCUUAUACAGUGAAACCUGGUCGAUGCCCAUUGCCCAAGGGGACCGUGAUGUGUGCGGAAUAUUGCUAUCAUGAUGGUGAGUGUCCAGGAGAUCAGAAAUGCUGUAGGACCACAUGUGGCCAUGCCUGCAGUGAACCCUGCUAAUUAGAUCUGGUACAUGGACAGACCUUAAUAGAGUAAAAAAAAAAAUAAAGGGAUGGGAGAUCUGCCUUUCUAUUGAGAGAGCAAUUGCAAUAUUACCUUACAAAAUAAUUACUUACAUGCCUUGUGUCCCUCUGGGAAAGCCUUGAUUGAUUUAUACCGACAAUCUUUGGAGAAAGGCAGAACUCCAAGAACGUGAGUUAAUGACCAUGAUGCAUUAUUACUUAUAGUUCAUGUUUAUGAACGUGUGGGAGAAUAAUGUACCCAUGAAUUCAAUGAAUAUAUUUCUCAAGUUUCUUUUUAUAUUUGUAGUGUCUUUAUUAAAAACAUUUGUACCAUUUUGGUAAAA